GGCCAAAUCUUUAUGCGCACUAACACAUAUCUGGAACAGUGCAUUGAUUGGAUAUCGUAAAUCACGUGUCGCUUUCUCAUAGCAACGAGUAGACGCUUUUCCUGCUAAAAAGACGAGACACAGGGAACACAACCAAACACUAUUUGUACUUACUGUACUGUAUUUCCUAUAUGAAGCACUGCUGACCAGGGACGCUGUUGAAAAUGAGUGUCCUGUAUGACACAGUGGAACCUAACGUUAUCGACGAUGAGAUGCUGAAAACUGCAGUGGAAGAACAAGGCCCCAGCGAGGAGGUUGGAAUCAUUGCCAAGAUGGAGGGCAUCGAUUUCAUGGACGUCACUAGCUUACGCCUUGAUUAUAAAAAUAUACUCAAGAUUGAUAAUCUUUGGCAAUUUCCCAAUCUUACCAAACUGCAGCUGGAUAACAACAUAAUUGAGAAGAUCCAGGGUCUGGAAACCUUGGUGCACUUAGUUUGGCUCGAUUUGUCAUAUAACAAUAUUGAGGUGAUAGAGGGUCUGAGUUCUCUCACUAAGCUGGAGGAUCUCAGUCUGCACAACAAUCGCAUAGCUGCCAUCAAUAACUUGGACAGUCUGGAAAAUCUGCAGGUUUUAUCCAUAGGGAACAACAACCUGACGUCCUUGGAAAAUCUCACCUACCUACGGAGGUUCAAGCAGUUGCGGACACUGAAUCUGGCAGGAAACCCGCUAUCUGCAGAUGAACAAUAUAAAUUAUUUGUGGCAGCUCACUUGGGAAACCUGGUGUAUCUGGAUUUCAGACUCUUAGAUGAGACCAUAAGGGAAAUCGCCAAUGUGAAAUAUCAGUAUUCCAUUGAAGAACUGAGUCAAAACGAGACCCUGGAGCGAAUAAAGCAAGAAAAAGAAGAGCAGCUUCAGCGAGAGCUGGACAAACACAAAGCUGCCUAUGUGGAAUAUCUGAAUGGCCCGUUCCUGUUUGAUAGCAUGUAUGCGGAGGAUGUAGACGGAACCCGGUUAUCCACCCUUCCUGGAGUCGCAGAACUCGUGGACUCAUACAGGACUAAGUGUACUGAAGUCUGCCAGAGCAUAUUCACAUACGGUCUCAGCCACCAUGAGAAGAGAAUCGCAGAGGUCGCCAUAUUCAAUGACUGUCUGCAGGAAGCCGUGACAGAAAAUCAGGAUGCUGGAGCCAGGAAGAUCCAGGAAUUUGAAUCAAAGAACAGUGAGCUGCUGUAUGAGCUCACCCAGAUCACUGACCAGCAGGAAGUAGAUGCUAAAUCCUUGCAAUACGUUCAGGAUGUCACAAAGCUGAUGGAUGACUUGAUAACCCUGGAGCUGCAGUUGGUGGAGCAACUGGAGGACAUCAUUAAGGAUUAUGAGAGGAACAUCGCUGAGUUGGUGUCCACAUUUCUGGAAACUGUACAGGGCCUAAUAGCUCAGAUCAGAGAUCUGGAGAACCAACAUCAUGAGAAGUUCCUGGAGUUUUCCAUCAACAUGCUGGAGAGAGUGCUCAAAGGGGAGAUGGAUGAAGAAAUGACAGACGACCUUCGAGUGCUCUUUGUAGAUAAAGACACAAUCGUUAAUGCGGUCAGCGCCUCCCAUGACAUACACUUGCUGAAAAUUGAUAACCGGGAAGAUGAACUUGUCACCAAAAUCAAGAACUGGGCCACGGACCUCGUACAGAAGGUUCAGAGAGAGGAGCUGCAGCGGAAUCGCAAGCGAGUCGCCGAGAUCAACAUCUAUAUUGAUCAUUUGCGGGAUGAGCUGGAUAACCUUGAUGUCCAUGAGCAGAUGUGAGACUGUCACUGCCCGACUGACGUGCAAUAAGAUUACUCUCCCCGAUCAGUUUUAGGAUCAUUAAACAAGUUUCCCACAUUUGAAGGGGAAGGAGAGCUUUCCAGUCUUCUUCACUGCUAAUACGUCAGUGUGGAACCUUCGAUGUUCCCCUGCUGAUUGCACAAUGUAGCCAUGUUCCUUGCUUACGUUAAGAUUUGGCAGUAGGAUGUACAGGACCAGCCUACGUCAGUGAGGGAUCCCAAUACCAAAUUGCUUGGAUGGGGGUAGGGAGAAUUUGGUGCAUUUCCUAGACUUGAUGCCUCACCGUGAAUGGAUUUAAAGCUGAAAGUACUCAAGACAGGUCUUCUCAUUAUUCCAAGCAUACAAAUGUAUUUCGGCUUAUUUGGUCAUGAGCCCACUUUAGAUAAAUGUACAUGAAUAAAUUAUACAGACCCAUGCAAUCUUGAGUCUUGGUCAACCAA